CUUUAAUACAUGUGCCAAUACCAUUAUCGAAGUUGUUGCUUCUUGAUUAAUCAAAGUCAAUGGCUUCUUUGUGUGAUUCAUGGAUCAGAGAACAGAAUGAGACUUUAAAACUCUCAGAGGAGAUUGAUGGAAUGAUAUUAGAAAGAAGUUCACUGGCCGAAACAUCAUCUUAUGCUCUACGUCAUGCUUCAUCGAUGAGAAGAAAGAUCACCAUUUUGGCAACCCGAGUUCAGACUCUAAAGUAUCUUCUUGCUGAAAGUCAAGGAAAAUCUAUUUCAGGGAAAGAGAUGAGCCGGCGCAAGGGUACGUUUGAGAAUCUGAGAUCAAAAGCAAAUCAGAUGGCCUCUGCAUUGGACAUGUUAAAAUUUUCCAAUAUUGACAUCUUGCUGAGGCCAGAAAAAGAUGAUAUCAUGAGCAGAGUUAUUGGCUUGGAUAACCAAGGAAUUGUUGGAUUACACCGACAAGUUAUGAAAGAACAUGACGAAGCACUUGAUAUGUUGGAGGAAACAGUCAUGCGUGUAAAACACAAUGCGCUAGUUAUGAAUGAGCAGAUUGGCUUGCAGACAAGGCUUAUCGAUGGCUUAGACCACCAUGUGGAUGUUAGUGACUCUGGCGUAAGGGUAAUACAUAUUCGAGCUUAA